AUGGACCCGGUCAAGCUUAUCGCGUCGGACGGCACCGAGAUUAUCCUCGACCGGCAGGCGGCGAUGGUCUCCGGGACCAUCAAGUCCAUGCUCGGCGGGCCAGGUGGGUAUGUGGAGCAGGAGAAGGGGGAGAUCAACUUCCCGGAGAUCUCGGGUAAGACGCUCGAGCAGACGGUCCAGUACUUUUACUACAAGCUCCGCCACACCAACCCGUCCUCCAACCACACCCUCCCCGAGUUCAAAAUCGAGCCCGAGUCGGCACUGGAGCUGCUGAUGGCUGCAAACUACCUCGAUACAUGAACAUGACCUCGAAACCACUGCGCGCCCACCCCGCCGGGCGUGGACCCUGCUCCCGAUGUGUCGAAAUGCCAGAGGGUUCGCGGUUAUCGUGACCGAACACUGCGAACGAGUCUGUAGUUUACGUAAACGUGGUGUAAUUAACAUCGGAAGGCAUGCCUUGUGCGGCAUGGCGACGCGCCUCUCGCACGCGAGGAGAGCGGCCGCACACCCCGGUUAGGGGACCCCUAGGGUCCUGAGGGCCGGAUUGUUUUAAGACCUUUUAAGAAA